CUCGGUGGUUGUGACUGGUGGUUACAAAGCGAGCGCACUGGUGAACGGCGACGGUGGCGGCGAACGCUGGCGUUGCUAUGACGCAUACUUUUCGGUCGCCAUUCGCGGAACACGUCGAGCACGUCGAGCCCCACGACCUGCCAAUUGGUGUCUUCGCCAAGAUGUCGUACGGCGUCCGAAGAAAAUGCGCGGUACGUUCGCGGUGAAUGCAAUGGGGUUCUCGGUGGGUGGACUUUAAACGAGAACAGUCGACGACAACGGAACGUAUGUGUUUACCGUUCUACGUGACGCGUGCUCGAGACCGAUCACCGAACACGGAAGCAAUCUUCAUCCCGCUUCGAGGACACUCGCACAGCUUCCGCGACAAAUUCGAAAAUCCGCAGGCGCCUCGACCCUCGACGAGUGAGCAACAUCUGUGAGCUCGGUGAAACAUUUCGUGAUCGCAUUCUCCGAGAAUCUCGGCCUGCUCCAGAUUCAAUUAGGAUUUUUCCGGAGACCUGCGGAGACUGCGGGCGCAUGAGCACGUCUCUCAAUGAUAUGCUGUAAAAGCGCGCCGGGAAUCAUUCUUCGUGUACUUAAUUCGGAUGUGGACUUUGAGGAGGCGUUAGAGAUAUGAACGCGUUGUAUACUGCUUGCUUGCGACGAAUGUGUAAACGUUGAAAAUGUUUCACAAGGCUAUUACGACUUUCCUUCUGAUUUUCAUCGUUGCGUCCGCCUACGAGCAUACCACCGCGGACCAGUGCGACUGGUCCGGAAGUGGAGGAGGAGAAAAUGGUGGUGUCCGACCAGUGUAUCUGCGUUGCGCCCGGGGUACGGUGUCGUGGCGUUAUCCUCGUGGAGCUCUGAGAGUGGUCCUCUCCUUCCCGGUCUCAUCCUCGGAGAAUUCUAUGCCCGGCCACGGUAGUCUAGGUUUCCGUGCCUGCGUCAAGAUCUCCGGGCCAGUACGAGUGUUUCUGGAAGGCAACGGCAAGUUGAGGCAAAUCUAUUCUCCAUCAGACGGCAAACACGAGUUAUCCCAUCGUUGUUUCCGCUCGCGGAAACACGUGGCUGCGCUCUACAUGGAAUCAGAAGACGAUUAUUCCUUCAAGAGGGCGAAAGUGAGGCUGCAGUAUGAUCUGGAGCCAAAUUCAUUGAAAGGAGGAGCGCUGCAUAUACCGGACGAGGAGGAAGAGUGUAGACCUUGCUCCAUGGAGGAACUGGCCAAGGCUUAUUGCCAAAGUGACUUGGUCGCCAGAGGCACCAUCAGCGCGGUUCAAAAGCAACUCGAUCUGGAAGCUGCAGAAUUGGUAGUCAGAGUCACUAAGAUCCUGCGUCAAGUGGUCCAAGAGGCAGAGGGUAACGAGACGGUAUCCGCGAAGAGAAAUGUACGCGUGAGGGUCCCGACGGCGUGCGACGCGCGGCACGGCCUUGGCGAAUUCGUGAUAAUGGCCAAACGACGUCUCGGAGACCUGAUUUUGGUGUGUGCACCUAGACUGGAGGCGUGGGCUGAAGCUGUACGGGAGAUGGACACCGCGCCUUGUGUCCUCAACAGCUAGCGGAUUUUAAGGUGAUCGCGCAUUGGAAAGCUGCAUACAAACAACUGCACGCUAAACAACAGGUACGAUUACGAUAUUGUGCCAGCGAAAUCGAAGAAUGUACGAAGGCGCUGACUUAGCAAUACUGUGGCGUGACAAACUGCCGAUUCUUUUAUAGAAGGUUACACAUUGUGUACAUAGGGAACAUCAUUCUUCGUGUACAUAGCGCGCACUGUCCAUCGGACUAUCGAUCUCCAAACUGUGAUAUUAUUGUUGCAUUAAGAGGAACGUGAAAGAGCGCGCGCGAGCAGCUCUAAAAAGUUGCUCUAAUACUCGCUCUAGAGAACAAAGACCACUAUAUAAAGAAUAUCUCGCGGAUGUCGCGCACUUUCCCUCAGCGGAUUUUUCCUCGCGCAUCUUUUGCUAUAUGUAUUUUGUAAUAUUUACGCAGUAUAGCUUACAAAAUUAAACAAAAAAAAAGUAAAAAAUAAUCUGAAAUAUUUCGCAGAGAAAACAACAGAUUUUGUAAAAUUGCAAAUCUUAUAAAAAGUUCUAUAAUAGUAUCUAAGCUGUAAAUUGCAUCAAUAUUUAAAAGAAGCCGAUUUUUCUGGUUUAUUCUAUUAUAAAAGAACUUCAGAUACAUUCGAUUGUCGUUCUCCAGUCUACCUGACUCUCAGGAAAAAAGACUACAGUCUGUUCUACAAUAUUGUAGACAUAUGGUGCAUGUGUACUGAGCUGUCGGCUAUCCCAUUAUGUUCAUUAUUGGCCAAUAUGCGUCCGACAUACAACACCGACAUAGGACUUAUUAUAGAACAGGCCUAUUUUUCGUUUUCUAUAGCUUCUACUUUUUUCACUCUGAGAGAAAGCGCGCGAUGAUCAGGACACCCUAUGUACAUCGAAGUUUCACGUACACGAGUACGUCGACUCGCUGCGGAGUUGAAUAUAUUUUGUUUUAUAUUGGUUACAGUUAUAUAACAAUUGUACAGAUUUAAUAAGUCGUAAGCGUUUUUUAUAAGUUCUGAUGCAAAUCGGAAUAAACUGUUCUUGUCAGUAUAGCAGAUGAAUAUGUGCGAUAUAAAUAAAGAAGUUGUCUUGAAAAUAAAA